CUCCUAGUAUUCCUCUUCUUCUGCUGCCACGGCACGACCACACGCCCUCCUCUCUCCUCUUCGCAACCCCCAAACCUCAGCCAUUAAUCCCCAAGCGUAAAUCCCCCGAACCCACAGCGAGAUCGAUCCAUAUCUCCGCCUCCCUGGCGCGCGACGGACGGCGACGAUGAUGUUCACGGAGGGCCUCGACGAGUCGGCGAUCAGCUGGAUCAAGCAGGGCACGGACACGCCCCCGGCCUCUCGGUCUCCGCUGGCGGAGCGGCCCCCGCUGGCGCAGAUCCCGGCGGCGCCGAGGAGCCCCGCGCUGUACAACCGGGCGUGCGCCGCCGCCGGCCUCUUCUCCCCCAAGAGCCUGCUGCCGCCCGUUCGGACCACCGCGCGCCACUCGGGGCUCCUCGGCCGCCAUUCCUCCGUGCUCCUCGCCGCGGACUCCGAGGACGAGUACGAGGAGGCGGAGGGGGAGGAGAGCGUCGCGUCGUGGGGGCUCACCGAGGAGUGCGGCUACGGCAACUUCUCCGAUCACACGGCCGAGGAGGACGCGGUGUGCUCCAGCGACUCCAGCUUGUUCCGGAGGGCGAGGGACCUGUACGCCGCCGGGGGUGACGACGAGGUCACGUCACAGUUCAGCCGGAGGGGCGUCGGGCUGGCCCGGGGGCAGUCCAAGGAGAACCUCCGGGUCGAGGUGCGAGCCGCGGCCGCGUUUGACGGGAAAUACUCCCGUGGUCAGGAUCCGGUCGACACCAGCUUGCAUGAACGUCACGUUGACGUACAGAAAUUUCAGAAUUUCGGGCCACCAAGUGCUCCCCCAAUUGCACGAGAUGAGGAGGAGGACGGCAUUUUUGACACAGUUGCUGAAACGAAUGGAGUCCUUGAGAGGACUGGGAUCUCAUCAGUGGCAGAUAUACUGGCUCAAGAUGUUCAUGAGCUUCCUACUAGUACAAAUGUGCAUGAAGAUGGUGUUCAUGUGCCAUACCUCGAGAAUAAUUUAUUAGCUCAGAUACCAAGCUUCACGACCAACGUCCAAAAUGCAUGGCAAUCGUUUGUUGCAUAUGAUGCGUGCUUCAGGCUUUGUCUGAAUGCGUGGGCAAGAAAUUGCAUGGAGGCUCCAGAAUUCCUUCGUGACGAGUGCAUGGUGCUGCGAAGCGCCUUCGGAAUACAGAAAUUUUUGCUUCAUCCAAGGUAUAAGAAUCAAGAUGAUGCAACACAUGCCUAUGAUAAGGAUGAAAGUUGUACCAUGAAGGCAAGGAAACUUGUUAGACAGAUUGAGAUUGAAGUACAAAAGAUACGUGUUGUUCCGCAAAGACCAAAGCUUCGGGCAACAUCAUCCUUUAGAAACCUAUACGUGCAAGCUGGUAGUGAGUAUGUCAGACAGAUCUCUAAAAUUCUGAAGAGCCAGGUUACGAUGUUGACAUCCACAUCAUCAACAUCUUUGCCAGAAGAAAUGUUCACAUGCACGAUAGAACUGCAAAGCUCCUGCAAAGGUCAGCAAAGAGAUUCCAUUUCUCCACAAUAUUUGAAACCAGGGACUGGUGAAUCUCAACUCUUUUACCUAGAGAGCCAGGGGGAUGCUAUUCUUGUUGAAGUACAAGACAACAAUAGGGUUGUCAUAGGCCGUGCAAAAAUUCAAGUUUCAUCAUUCACUGAUACCCAUCAAGAGGAAAUCACUAGGUGGUGGCCUCUAUACCUUGAGGAUGAUGAAUGUGUGGGCAAAAUUCAGCUUUGUAUGAAUUUGUCCAUGUCUACCGACAAUUAUGGAUCUGCAAAGAUGCUGCAGGGUGGUCUAGCUGUGGAUACAAUUAUAUACGACAUGGUUCUGGAAGCAGCAAUGAGAGCUCAAAAGUUCAACAGCAAAAUGCUGCACAUCAGUGGUUCAUGGAAGUGGUUGUUGGAUGAAUUUUCUGAUUACUAUGGGGUAUCAGACUCAUAUAGAAAAUUGAGGUACUUGUCUUUCAUUAUGAACGUGGCAACGCCAACAAAGGAUUGCUUGGAACUUACGUACAAUCUGCUUCUCCCUGUCAUGAAAGCACGGAAUGAUAGAACUUUGACAAGACAAGAGAGAAGUAUACUGCUUGACUGUGAAGAUAGGAUCAACAGUCUCCUUGGUGUAGUGUUCGAAAAUUACAAAUCAUUGGACGAACACUCUCCUACUGGCCUGUCGGACCUAUUUGGCCCCAUAGCUGAUUGUGCCGCACCAGCUUUGGCACCUGCAGUUCAGAUAUUCAGCGUACUGCAUGACAUACUAUCCAAUGAAGCGCAAAACUUACUUAGGAACUACCUGCAGACUGCUGCAGCAAAGAGGUGCAGGAGGCAUAUGAUUGAGACAGAUGAGUUCAUGUCGAGCAAUAAUGACAGCCUUCUUACAGACCCAAUGACUAUCUCUGCCGCAUAUCUCAAAAUGAAAACACUAUGCAUUAGUAUAAGUCAUGAAAUUCAAGCUGACAUCAAGAUUCACAAUCAGAAUAUACUUCCAAGUUCCAUAGAUCUGCCAAACAUAGCAGCAUCCCUCUAUAGUACAGAACUCUGCAAACGAUUGAAGGGUUUUCUAUCUGCAAGUCCCCCGUCAAGACCGCUACAACAUGUCGCUGAACUGCUGAUUGCGACUGCUGAUUUUGAGAGAGAUCUUGACUCCUGGGAAGUGAGACCUAUUCCCGGGGGUGUGGUUUCGAGGGAAUUGUUUCAUGACUACAUUAUGGUGUGGAUUGAAGAUACUCGGUUGCACUUACUUGAUUAUUGCAAAGCUGAGAAGUUAUCAUGCCCUGCUGCAACAUCGACAACAUCACCAUUUGUUGAGCAAAUUUAUGAGCAGAUAAAAGAGAGCAUAAGUGAGUAUGGAGUGGUUAUCAACAGAUGGCCUCAGUAUCUGAUGAGUUUGGAGAAUGCUAUUGCUGACGUGGAAAGAGAAACUAUGAAGGCACUAGAAAAGCAAUACAUGGAGACUCUAAUGCCUCUAAGAGAUGGCAUACCAAAAAUUCUUGAGAAGCAGGUGCAAAGACUGACGAGAAGACAAUCAAUAGCUCCAUAUAUUGUCCCAAAUCAGUUAGGAACAUUCAUGAACACGGUUAAAAGAAUGCUAGAUGUGUUACACUGCCGAAUUGAAGAUAUCCUUAAAUCAUGGGCAGCAUAUCUAACUAUAUCAAACGGGAACACAGUUUUCGGAGAACAAAUGAAUUCUAUCACAGUCAUGUUGAGGAAGAAGUACAAGAAAUACCUGCAAGCAAUAGUGGAGAAGAUUGCCAGUGAUAAUCAGGCUAACCGGACGACGAGGCUAAAACGAAUUCUUGAAGAAACAAAAGAGACUGAAGGUGAAAGUGAAAUGCGCGAAAGAAUGCAGGCUCUCUCUGCCCAGCUUUCGGAUUCCAUUCACAAUCUCCACAAGGUCUUUUCCAGCAGAAUAUUCGUGGCCAUUUGCCGAGGUUUCUGGGAUAGGUUGGGCCAGAUUGUGUUGAGAUUCCUCGAGAGCAGAAAGGAGAACAGGAUUUGGUACCGCGGAUCAGAUUAUGCUUUAGGGAUCCUGGAUGACGUCUUCGCGUCAGAGAUGCAAAGACUGCUGGGCAAUGCUCUCCAGGACAAGGACUUGGACCCACCGCAAUCGGUGAUCGACGCCCGAUCGAUCCUCUGUUGAGGCAGUCUGGAUGAAGAACUGUGAAACAGUUAGAUGGACCUCUGCUGGUAAUUCUGCUGAGAAGAUCUGAAAUAUGUCUGAGGCCUGAGUUUGGUCGCAGAGAUUGAUUUUGAUUUCUUUUAUAGUUUGGUGUGCAGAAUAUAUAUGUAUACAGGUCGAGAAUGGCCCCGAUUCUUUUUGUUCAUAGCGUCUUGUUAAUUGUUCCAAAGAAGUAGAGAGAAGUUGCAUAACUGACUGUUGCUAAGCAAGAUUUGCUUUCCGAAGCGUGUACUUAGUAUGUGCUUGUUUCACAGUUCGUUGUAUGGCUGGACUUAAGAAAUUUCAUGUGUCAGCCAGUGAAAUACUAUGAAUUUUGCUGACAUGGAAUCUAUCUUCAUGGUGGUUGUUUUUAA